GUGAGAUCUGCUGGAGAUAAUCACCUGGGAUUUCAUCAGUUAUUUCCUUCCCCUCCUCUUUUCCAUUGUCAGCACUUAAAUGUAGCCCGAUCCUUGACCUGCUAAGCAGUUCCUAUAUCGAGGGAACGAAGGGACAGGGUCGUUGAUAAGUCCUGCUCCACCAGCUCUCCUAAUCUGUGGCACUCGUCUGAGGCUUUAGAAUCACAAAACAUCGUGGAGGAAAAGCCUAAAAAAGACAGUCACGGAGUGUCAACAAAUAGAAAGCAAAGAUCAAGAUCUCAUAAAACCACUCACCUGGAAUCUUGAUCUGUCUGGUGAGCCUAUGGCAAAGAUGUCCCUGGAAGAAAUAAAUGAUCUCCAGCUGGUGGGAAAAUACAUACAACCAGAAACCAAGGAAGUGAAUGGAGUCCUUAUGACCAAGAUAAUGAGUAAUAAUUGGGACAAAAUCUGGAAUUUUCAAGCAAAACCUGAUGAUCUCCUCAUUGCAACCUAUGCAAAGGCAGGCACAACCUGGACACAAGAGAUUGUGGACAUGAUCCAAAAUGACGGAGAUGUGCAGAAGUGCCAGAGGGCCAACACCUUUGACCGGCAUCCUUUCAUCGAGUGGGCUCUACCCCCACCGCUCAACUCAGGUCUGGAUCUGGCCAGCAAAAUGCCUUCUCCUAGAACUAUGAAGACUCACCUGCCUGUUCAGUUGCUGCCACCUUCCUUCUGGAAAGAAAAUUCAAAGAUUAUCUAUGUGGCUAGAAAUCCAAAGGACUCUCUGGUGUCCUACUACCAUUUCUCAAGAAUGAAUAAAAUGAUGCCUGACCCUGGUACAUGGGAGGAGUAUAUUGAGGCAUUCAAAGCUGGAAAAGUGCUGUGGGGUUCCUGGUAUGACCAUGUGAAGGGAUGGUGGGAUGCAAAAGACCAGCACCCUAUUCUCUACCUCUUCUAUGAGGACAUGAAAGAGGACCCAAAGCGGGAAAUUCAGAAGAUAUUGAAGUUCCUAGAGAAAGAAAUGCCCGAAGAAGUCCUGAAUAAAAUCAUCUAUCACACCUCCUUCGAUGUAAUGAAGCAAAACCCAAUGGCCAACUACACCACUGUGCCUACUGUCCUCAUGAACCAAUCUGUCUCCCCUUUUAUGAGGAAAGGGAUGCCUGGGGAUUGGAAGAACUAUUUCACUGUGGCUCAGAAUGAAGAAUUUGACAAAGACUACCAGAAGAAGAUGGCAGGGAGCACCCUGACUUUCCGCACGGAGAUCUGAGGACAACAGGGUAAUACAUCAGUCAGAACCUCCUUCCUAGAUUUUAGACAUUUGAGCCUCAUAAUCAAGAAUACUUAAAACUACCAUACCCAUCCUCUAAUCCUGACCUUUCCUACACUAUCCAUAGAUUCUAUGCCACUAUGAUAUAUUUCAUCCAAAUGUAAUCAAAUCCUGCAUAGAAGUUUAAAAUUAAAUUACAUGAUCAUUCACAUAGACACCUAUCUCUUGUGUAACACAUUCUAGGCACUAUGCAGUGAUGCUGGGGAAAGAAAGAUUAUGAUCUCUGGCCACUACAGAGUUAUCUCAUGUGGUAAGAGAUGUGUAAUAAGAAUUCUGGCCAGGGUCUUUGUCUUCGUUGUCUUUGUCCCUUUUAUUUGAGACAUCCAUGCUCAUUUUGGAAGUUUCAAGUUGAUAGUGAUGCCCCCCCCUUCUCUCUUGUUCCCUCCAGUGCUGUGGGGUUCCUGGUAUGACCAUGUGAAGGGAUGGUGGGAUGCAAAAGACACAUGACAUACCCCAUCGCUAGCUCACAAUAGCCUGGCUGCCCAGAUGCAGAAUUCAUGAAAAGAGAGAAAUAAAUAAGAGUAGAACUUCAACAUAAGAGAAAGUGAACAAAACGCAAAGGAGAAUUGAACACCAGGGAGAAUAUGUAAAGGAACCAGGGUUUAUCCUUAACCAUUAAGAAUGAGACAGAGAGGAUGGCCCAGCUCUUGGAAGUAUUAAGUUGUAAGGCACAGAUGGUGCUAGUGAGCUGUGCCUGAUUCAGACAAUCUCAAGCUGGAUAUGGUCUCAAGACCAAAGAGAAAGGCUGGAGUGGGAAUGACUGAUGAGCAGCACACGAUAAACAAGAAACAGUUCACUUCUGACGCCAACACAAGGCUGGAAGACAGGAAACAACUUAUAUUUCAGAUGAGCUUCUUAGAAAGGGGGGGAAAAGUCCCGAAAUCAGUUUCCCCUCUCGCAAAUAAAAUAAAAUACCAGCACCACAUGCACUUUAAGAAAAUCUUGACUAUCACAUUUCUGGAAGGAUCACAUUUCAUGCCUCAUAAAAAGAGGCUCUUAGCAAAAUUGUCAGGAUUGCCAAAUUAUUCAGCUACACAUGUAAUCAUGUUCUGCUCCUUUUUUUUUUGUCAUUAAAACCUCUCAAGAAA